CAGGCAGUGUGGGGCAGCUCUGAAUGGGGGCUUCUUUUGACUGUCAGAGUCAGGCAGUGUCGGGGCAGCCCUGAAUGGGGGCUUCUUUUGACUGUCAGAGUCAGGCAGUGUCGGGGCAGCCCUGAAUGGGGGCUUCUUUUGCUGUCAGAGUCAGGCAGUGUCGGGGCAGCCCUGAAUGGGGGCUUCUCUUGACCGUCAGAGUCAGGCAGUGUCGGGGCAGCCCUGAAUGGGGGCUUCUUUGGACCGUCAGAGUCAGGCAGUGUCGGGGCAGCCCUGAAUGGGGGCUUCUUUGGACCGUCAGAGGCAGGCAGUGUCGGGGCAGCCCUGAAGGGGGGCUUCUUUGGACCGUCAGAGUCAGGCAGUGUCGGGGCAGCCCUGAAGGGGGGCUUCUUUGGACCGUCAGAGUCAGGCAGUGUCGGGGCAGCCCUGAAUGGGGGCUUCUUUUGACCGUCAGAGUCAGGCAGUGUCGGGGCAGCCCUGAAUGGGGGCUUCUUUGGACCGUCAGAGUCAGGCAGUGUCGGGGCAGCCCUGAAUGGGGGCUUCUUUUGACUGUCAGAGUCAGGCAGUGUCGGGGCAGCCCGGAUGGGGUCCUUGUUCCCAUGCCGCGCUGUGUGUUUGAAUGACAGAUGCGGGAUCACCAUGAAUAUGAGCGCAGACAGACCGGUAUCCGACAGUCACCGACAGCCAUCCCCUGUAAGGCUGUCACUGAGCAUACUGCCUGCCAUUCACCAGGGGCCACGUGGCCCACAGUCCAUGGAACUCCCUGGGGAAACUGCAUUGGGCAGACAGGGGGUUAGGGAAUGUGUAUUAUAAUAUAUAAUUAUAUAAUUCCAGUGCUUUUUGUAAAGUUUUUACAUUACAUAAAGAAAAUUGUAACUUUAUAUUUGCAGGUCUAUGUCUACAAUGCCUGUUCAUAAAUAGUUUGUUCUUUUAUUAUUAUUAUUAUUAUUAUUAUUAUUGGCAUUUAUAAAGUGCCAACAAAUUCCGCAGCGCUGUACAAUUGGGAAAAAGACAAACGCAAUAAUAACAGCGAUACAACAGGUAGAGCCCGUGAGCUUACAAUCUAAAGGUUAAACUGGGGAGAUGAGACAAGAGGUAGCAGAGGGAUAUUGGUAACCCACAUAGAGCCACUAUGAUUUGAUUUAUUAUUUAUAAAGCGGCAACAAAUUCCGCCCAAUGGGGAUAUUGGGAUUGGGGAUAAGGGGUUUUGCUGUGUCCUCUGUGCAUAUCACUGGGCUUCAUUUCUGUGCUUACCAUGUAUUCCUCAUUCUCUUUAUUUGCUGUCUGCAAAAUUGUGCAAGAAAUAUAUCGUGAUUUUUAUUUAUUUAUUUAUUUUGGUACUUUGUGUAGUAUUCCUUCAUUUGUUGGUAUUUAACCUGUAUGCUCCUUGGUAACAUGUUAAACAUUUUUACUGCAGGUACUAAGAUGGAGAUUAGCUGCCAGUUUUAUUUGGUCAGUUUUACUGCUGCCUAUAACCUCCAUGGCUUUCAUCAUUUGUAGCCAAAUAAAGAUUUUCCAUCCCAUUGCGUGGCUUACAGGUGAGUGGGUCCUAAUAUGGUAAUGGUAUCAGGAGCCUUGCAUACAUGCACGUUAUAUGGGGGAUAUAAGGAACAAAUCUAUUGUUUAUAAAAAAUUUAAAAAAAAGUGUAUAUAAAGGCGUUUCACAUCCUCUUAAAAAUAGAAAUUCUAACGUUUCUUUUUUAAUAAGCUGCUACUCCCUACCAAAUGUCUUCCCUAACCCCAAAUAAGAUAUUCAAUUCAGAAAUGUAGUGCAGCUUUUCAGUGUCAACAUUACGCAUAAUAACCUCUAAAGUGAAUACUAUAGGAUAUGAUUGAGCAAAACACAGCAAACCUGACUCAAAACGUUAAUAAACCGGUGGUAAUGUUCCAUAUCCAAAUCACCUAUAAAGUGACACUUUUUAGAGUUUAUGCUUAAUGUUUAAACUGAAAUGAUGCACUUCAUCUCUCAUGUCUUCCUGGCUCCCAUGGACCGCUGCCAUCUUGAGAAUGUGGAUUAACAUUUUCAUUUUAUCAAUCUGUUUCAUCCAUUGUGGAUGAUGGUGAUUGUCUAAGUAUACUGUGCUGUGAGAGCCAGCACACCCAGACAAUUAAUGGUGGUAAGUGUUAAUUCUGCAUUGUAAAUGUGGCUUUGAUGGGAAUUUAUUUUUAACUUACCAAGGAGAGUGUGGAGCUUACAUCAAACUGCAUUUAAAUGGUUUUGUAUUAACGAAGGGAUGUUGCCAAAUCACUGUAGACCAUAUAACCAUUAAGAAAGCUGUAGGUUUUAUGUUGCUUAAAGUGCCCCUUUAACUAUAGUUUGUUAAAAUUAACUGUAGAAAGCUUAACUUGUGAACACAUUCAGUAAUAUUUUUUUAAGUUCGUAAUGUAACAGCAUAAACAGAAAAAAAAGUGUUUUAAAGGAGCACUAUAGUGCCAGGAAAACAAACCCAUUUUCCUGGCACUAUAGGGUUAUUAGCCCCCCCCUCGCGCUGAACAGGAUUUGUUCUGGAGAUUGGAGUGUGAGGAAGUAAUCCGAGAAGAGGAGGUCCAAUAUCUAAAAUAAAUUUGCAUCAAGCAGGUUCAGUGGACGGAGUAAAGUCUGCAGAAUUGCAGGUGUAAUUCCUGAUUAGAUCAGCUCAGUCUGAGGUCAAUAAAAUGAAUACUAUUAAAUUACCUAUUAUGUAUUAAUCAGACUUCAUUUCAUAACUUGUAUGAAUUUGAAAUUGCGUUUGUUUUGCCACAAAAAAAAAUAAAAAUAUAUAUAUAUAUAUAUAUAUAUGUGUGUGUAUAUAUAUAUAUAUGUAAAAAACAGAUAAAAUUCUUAUCUUGUAAUACCUUUUUUAUUGGACUAACAGAAUUUUUUUAAUGACAAGCUUUCGGGAGAACCUCCCUUUCUCAAGUCUGAAGCAUUUCUGAGCAAAACGACACAUAGAAUUCAAAGUUGAGUUGUGAUACAGGGGUUAAAGCGACAUGAGUGUAGAUAAGACACAGGCUUUAACCCCUGUAUCACAACUCAACUUUGAAUUCUAUGUGUCGUUUUGCUCAGAAAUGCUUCAGACUUGAGAAAGGGAGGUUCUCCCGAAAGCUUGUCAUUAAAAAAAUUCUGUUAGUCCAAUAAAAAAGGUAUUACAAGAUAAGAAUUUUAUCUGUUUUUUACAUCUACAUCACUGGACUAAUACGGCUACAAUCUCUACUUGAAAUAUAUAUAUAUAUAUAUAUAUAUAUAUAUAUAUAUAUAUAUAUAUAUAUAUAUAUAUAUAUAUAUAUAUAUAUAUAUAUAUAUAUAAUUUUCUAUUGUACUGUUUCCUAAAAUCUCACUUUAAAUUUUUUUUUGUUUGUUUAGACUCCAUUAGUGAUAUAGGCAGCAGUUACACCAUUUUCUGCCUCAUCUUUCUUUGUCUUUUGUUGGGGAUUCAUUGUGUCUGCAAUGUGCAAUUUUACACAGGUAAGACAGUUUUAUCCACAAACAAAAUCAUUAUGCAGAUUCAUGUAAUUUGUGGGGGAGGUUAAAAAAAAAAAAAUAUUUUUUUUUUAAUAUAUAUAUUUUCUGCUUUAGAGAACUGCUCCUAAGGUAAGUUCCAUCAUAACACAAGGAUCCCAAUCCCUUCUACUUCCCUAUGACACCAACAUGAUGGCUUCAGUGACAGCACAUCUGUGCAUGCGUUACUGUGACAGACAGCAGGGAAAUUAGAUGAAGGGGGAGAGUCUUCUGUUGUUCCCUGUCACUCCAUUGUCUACAUAGAAGGCUAAACUAUUUUUCUAAACCUUAAUUUUCAGCAUUUCUACCUGGCAGAAUGUAUCGAUGAAAUUUUAUUUUCUUUUAUGUGAAGUGUCCUGGACUCUGUCUGCAAAUAUUGAUAGUUGUGUCUUCUUUUUGGCUCCUGAGAUGUUCUCUAUUUCAUCCUCUUAUUGGGCAUGUUUAAUGUUCACUAUUAUCCAUUUCAAAGCCAUAGAUUGUGUCUUCUCUAGCAUUUAAAAUGUUUAUGAAUAUAGUGUGUAUAAUUCUAGCUAUUUAAUGUUUUUUUUUGUAGUUGUUCCUUCCAUUCCGUGCUCUCGAUUUUCCCUUAUUGGACACAUACUCCUUCCUCAGCGAGUUCUCCAUUCCUUGGUUCAUGCUGGCUUGGGGAUGUUGGCUUUUUGGUGCUGUUCAUUCAUCUGUAAAAGCUGGUAUAGGCCUUUGGUUGUUCGUUGCACUUCUGCACCAAGGUACACACACAAUUUAUUGUAAUAUGGUAUAAUUAAUGUGCACAUGUCUUCACAUCUAAUACUUAAUUUUUUGGAUGCUGUAUUUUCUUCCUCAGUCAGGUUGAAACCACCUCCAAUCCAAUGUGUCUUAAUGAACACCAUCUAUUCCAAAUGCUUGCUGGUGCCUUCAUUGGUUACAGUUACAGCCUGUUGUACUUUGUGCAAAACAUGAACUAUGUUUCCUUCCCCUCUAUACAGGUAAGAAUGGGAAGGGCAUUUAUUAGAAUAUCUAGUGAUGUUUGUGAAAUGUGAUGGUCCUGCUUAUGACUGAUUCCAAUGUGAAAAAGUUCCUAUAUUGUUCCAGCUGAUUGGCAAGUGCAUAUAUGUUUUUCUAUGUAAUUUUAUUUUAAAUAACUGGUUUUGAAGCCGGUCAGUGCAAACUGUACAUAUGUUUUGUGCACACAACCCUAGCCUCUUCUGUUUCAAUCUAGAGGUAUUUUUGCGAGAGGUAGUAAUGGAUUUAUGUUUAGGUGUAUUGGAAAAAGUCAUAACAGGUUAUAGAAAACUACUUUCUAUGUCUCUUCUCACCUGUACUUGCUAGUAUAACUUAUAGAUGAACUGCUAGUUGUCGGAUUAUGUAGGAUGGAGUCCCUUUUUAAAAUUAUCUUUGUUUCACUGCUCGAACACCAACUAUUUAGUGCAUCUUUGGAAGCUAGUUUUUUGUUGUUUUUUUUAUUGAGGUAUUAAGAGCAGUACAAUGAGGUCAUCAAUACAACAGGUUCUUUUAUAGGUACAAGUACAUCAGCGUUAUUGAUAGCAGGGCGAGUUCAGUGGAGUACCUGCGUUUGUGUUGUAUAGGGGGGUUGGUGCGUGUAGGUGAGGUUCAUACGGCUUUGACGUCUGCAUACAUAAUAGUACCAUACGGAAGGCAAACUAGAAUAUGAUGCAUGUUAGAGAGUGCAGGGUGUGGGAUGGUGUUCUAGCCGGUCAUCGGGCAUUGCGUGUAGGUGCACGCUGUUAUCUUGUGGUAGGAAUAAAGCAAUAAUGCGUGGAUGAGGGCACUGAAUGGUGGCAUGUUUAGGUGCAUAGCAGUUUGGGAUGGAAGCUAGUUUAUACUCGUCAUCCAUUUUAAACUAUUAAUUUCUAUUAGUUGGCCCACGGUGGUCUUUUUUUUUCCUAUCAAGUUUAUUCUUUUAUGGUUCAAAAUAAAUUCUUGUAUAAGAGAAUGGAAUAUGUGUACCACUAAUAAAUAAAUAUAUUAAAAAAAAAUAUAUAUAUAUAAUUUUUUUUUUUUUUCCUUUGCUGAAUGUAAUUUUUCAUCUAUAUAUUAUACGAAACUAUGGGUAUUCGGUUAGCAACCAUUAUUCUUUAUGAAGUAUAUGUACAAAAAUGAGAAACUCUUCCCCUUCUUUAUGAUCUGACAGGAUCCUUCAGCCAUAUACAUACUCUCGGGUCUUACCUGUUUUACUUCCUGCACAGACACAGGGAAGACCAUAGAGACUGUCUUUUUCCAAAUACUGUCUGACCAAAGGUGCAUACAUGACAUAUGGUGACAGCUGUUCUUUAAUUUUAACCCACAUUGGAGCACCACAUUUAAAUGUUGCCUGGCAAAAGAAAUCAUUGCUUAGUUAAUUCUGGAUUAUUAUUGUGUAGUUAUAGAUACUGCUCUAUACUGUGUGUGUGUGUGUGUGUGUGUGUAUAUAUAUAAAUACACACACACCCAGCUAAGUUGCCCAGUUUGAAAAAUCUGCACAACUGACAUUUACAUUAUCAGAUAAAUCCAAUUCAAACUAGUUGGGGACAUAGGUUUUAGAGUUGAGCUGUAACUUGAUGUUCUAGUUUGUGUCAAAACUAGGCAGUCUAUUUUCAGCUCUACUUCAAGAUUCAGUAGCUGAAAACCUGAAUUUACAUAAAAAUCGCUGAUGGCUUAUAUUUGUUGCCAGCCAAACUGCUGAAUGCCAUGGUAAGACAUGGGUGAUUAAAGUGGCCUAUCACUGUCAUACUGCAAUAUCCUAUUCUUUGUUCACAUCAAUCAUACUUCGUUUUAUGCAAUGAUAACUUUGUUAAAAGUAGUGUUGAGUAAUGUUUAUCUUGCAUUUUUUUUUUUGUUUUGUUUUUAAGCAAUUCAAGUAUGUGCAGUUCAGACGACAACUUCAUCUGCUCAUUAAACAUAGCUGUCUACAAUCUCUUUACUUGAUUCGGAAUUUCACUGUACUCUACUAUUUUCUUGGUAUGUUGUCUCAUUGCUUUUUGUUUUUAAUUUAUUUUUUUGUUGUUUGCAGUGUCUAUUCAUAAAUGGACCCAUUCCAUACCCUAGGAUUUUACAAUGAUUUCAUAAAAGGGGAUAGACCCCUUUUAAAUUAAGACUUACUUAAAGGACCACUAUAGUCACCCAGACCGCUUCAGCUCAAUGAAGUGGUCUGGGUGCCAGGUCCCCCAGGUUUUAACCCUUCAGAUGUAAACAUAGCAGUUUCAGAGAAACUGCUAUGUUUACAUUACAGGGUUAAUCCAGCCUCUAGUGGCUGUCUUCCUGACAGCCGCUAGAGGUGCUUCUGCGACGCUGAAUGCGAAAAUUGCAUUCAGAAUGCAGAACGUCCAUGAGAAAGCAUUGAGUAAUUUUUUCCUAUGGGUUUUUUUUUUUUUUUUUUAAGUGUGUGUGUGUGUGUGUGUGUGUGUGUGCUCUCUGGCCACGCAUGCGCAUUCCGCUACACUCGGGAGCUGACGGAGGGGGAGGAGAGGUCACCGGUGCUGGAUAAAGGUAAGUGGCUGAAGGGGGGACCCAAGCGUGGGGGGGACCUAAUGACGCUAUAGUGCCAGGAAAACUAGUUUGUUUUCCUGACACUAUAGUGAUCCUUUAAAUCACCUACCCCAUUGUCCAUAAUGACUGUAUUUUUAUGGUGGUGUGUGGGACCUUUUCAAAACCUAUAUUUCCAUGUAUGUUUAUCUUAGAGGAUCAUGUGUCCUCCCAAAUAUAAGGGACAUGCUUCUUUUGAAGGGGGCUCACAUGCCCUUCUGAAAUAGUUGGGAUAGGUGAUCUCCAUUACACAGAUGAUCGAGUUCUUAUUUUAUAAGGGGCAGAUGAGCUCAUUUAGUGCCUUAUUACCUUCUCAUAUAAAACACAGGACAAUUUUAAGAAAAGACUACCUUUCUUUACAGUGUAGGGUGUCUUGCCUCUGUCACAGUUGGUGUCCGUCUACUGUUUACAGUAUUAGGACAAAGGGGCUCCUUAUUUCCCCUAAACAUGGCACAAUAGACACAAAGUAUCCACAAUAUGAAAGAGGGUGUCAUUUUCUUGCAAUUGAAAAGUCUCAAAGUAGCAGGUAAUUGCCUUAGUAAUUGAAAUCACCUCUUUUUUUUUUUUUUUUUUAUAAUUUUUUUUUUAAAGCCUUAAGUGACUUUUAGGAUUCUCUUAUAAGAGUGCAGACCUCUCCUUUGAGUAAGUGGUCACAUGCCCAGGUAGUAAUUGGGUGAUCAAAAUGACAGCAGUGAUCACCUGCAUGCACCAAAUACAUAGGUAACAAGUCAUGGGGUGUUGGGUAGCUCCCUUGUCCCCCUCAAAAUACAUAGACAAGCACGUGACCACAUAUAUUAAAACUUAAUUCUCCUUCAAUUAUGUGGUCUUAUCUCAAUAGGAUAGUUUUGUUGCAAUUGCCAUAUUAGAAUUACCACUUUUUUACUAUGCUAAAUCUGUUUGGAUAUGAGUAAGAUACUUACAGUGAGACUGUAUAACUUUGUCAAAGCCGAUACUUAAUUUUUUUUUUUUUUUCUUCUUCAGGAUAUAUUCCACGUACAUGGAUGAAAUCUGCUAUGAACCUGCAGACAGAUGGGUAACUGUUUAUAUACAAUGCCUUGUUGCAAUUGUAGAAUACAAUGUGUCUGUGAUCAGUUAUGUAUCUACAUUGUAUUGACUCUUAUAAAAAAAAAAAAAAAAAACUUAGUAUUUGUGCUUAUAUAAAUAUAUUAUUUCAAGCUCUACUCAGUAACUGACAGGGCCAAGGACAUGCACAUCUGAAUGUUUAGGUAAUAUAUUUAGGGCUUUUCUGGAAAUGUUUUUGUAACAUCCGUUUCCCUCUGAUACAGUGAAGAGCCCCCACUAGACACCGUGCGAGGACUCCUGAAUCUCUCAUUGUUUUACCAGACCUGGUUGUCUGGUACAUUUGUCCUUGGCACCUGGCACAUGUUGUCCCUACUCUUCCGAAUCUUUGCAACGGAGGUCAGUAUUAAUGUCCUGAUACCUUUUCCAUAGUGUAGAGAUUAACAGAUAUCUAUAGUUUUCAUUGGUGCUAAGAUCCGUAGGCUAUGUGUAUGUUUGAGUGUGCAAGGGUGCACAUAUUCUUAUGCUUUGAGAACUUGUGGGGCAUCCUUGAAAGCUAAACCAUAUUGUGUCGCUGUAAAUUAUGAUAUUUAAAAAAAUAAAUAAAAAAAAGUGGAGUCCUAGCUGGCUCACUUUUUGAUACAUUGACUGUUCCCAUUCCUGCAGCCCAUUGUUUUUCCUGUGACGUUCUCAUUCGUGGAAGAAGCAGAAAAUUGUCUACCAAAUGUUCUUGGAAGCAAUGCUCCUCAACUUGUGAAGGUAUGCUGAAAUGUUAUCUGAAUUGCACAGUUCUGUAAAUUAGAUGAACAAUGAUAUGGGAUAAAGGUGAAUCUUGAGUUUAAAGCCAAAUGGUUUCCAACAUUAGUCUAUAGUGUGGAUCUUGCAAGAGGUCUGUAGAAAGGUUGUAAAAUAUGUAUUUCUUUGAGGGAUCUUGACAAGGAGUCUCCUUAAAUCCCUUUUGAAAUCCACAAGCCAUCAGUACAAAUUACUUUAUUUGAGUUUCUUAUGGCAGAUGCAUAUUCCAUGCUUCUAUCAGGUACUUCAUUGUAUUUAAACAAGUACAAGAUUGCCAAGCCUUAUUAGAGCUACUGAAGACUAAUUGUUCUCUCAAAAAAACCCCCCAAAAAACAGGUUUGACUUCUUACCAGGCUUCCACUCUAUGCCUCCACCGCACCACCAGAGAGCUUCUGUUAGCUCUCCUGAGCUUAGCACUGCAAUGCUCCAGCUAUGGUGGAGACAGGGAGCUACACCUGAUGGAACUCUGGUAAGAUGUCAAACCAUUCUAAAACGAUUUUACUACUCCUAAUGGAAGGUCACCUAGGCACUCCAGGCAGUAUGACCACAACAGGGAAAUACUGUGUUUAAGCUCACCAUUGCUUCAAACGCAGCCAAAUUACUAGGUCCUACACAAAGCUGAUCUUAAAGGACCACUAUAGUGCCAGGAAAACAUACUCGUUUUCUUGGCACUAUAGUGUCCUGAGGGUGCCCCCACCCUCAGGGACCCCCUCCCGCCCGGCUCUGGAAGGGGGAAAGGGGUAAAAACUUACCUUUUUCCAGCGCUGGGCGGAGAGCUCUCCUCCUCUGAUCCUCCUCCGUUACGCCCCGCCGGCUGAAUGCGCACGCGCGGCAAGAGCUGCGCGCGCAUUCAGCCGGUCUCAUAGGAAAGCAUUCAUACUGCUUUCCUAUGGACGCUGGCGUGCUCUCACUGUGAAAAUCACAGUGAGAAGCAUGCAAGCGCCUCUAGUGGCUGUCAAUGAGACAGCCACUAGAGGGAAUAGGGGGAAGGCUUAACCCAUUAAUAAACAUAGCAGUUUCUCUGAAACUGCUAUGUUUAUUAAAAAAUGGGUUAACCCUAGCUGGACCAGGCACCCAGACCACUUCAUUAAGCUGAAGUGGUCUGGGUGCCUAGAGUGGUCCUUUAACAUUGGAGAUAAACAAAUAAUGCUUAUUGUUCGUGUUUAAACCUUUGACUGUUGAAGUAGUUCUGUGUGACCAUAUUGUGACUGAAUUGGCAAUUUAUUUGCUAAGAUAGAUGAUUUUAAUUCACCUGUUAAUAUUUAAAGCAAGACCCCAGCUUACAUAACAAGUUAUGGGGCAAGAGUGUCUGGGCGCCAUCUUACCUUACCUCAAUGGCUGCCCAUUAAGUGACGUGGUGAUGGGUUGAGAACAAAAGCUUUUGCUAUAAAGUGACAUAAGGCUUCUCCUGGUGGAGCAGGCAGGAUGUUGCACGGGUGCCCAGUUUCCAAAUCAUGCUAAAAUAGAUGAACAGCUUACUGUGGUAUGGUACUGGUGCUUUCUUGACACCAUAACCACUACAGUGAUUUGAAGUGGUCAAGGUGUCUGUAAUGUGCAGCAUUUUCCAAUGCAGUGCUGCACAUACAGAAUUUAAUCCCUUUGCUGCGGAGGUGUACCUCCAUCUCUGUCAGCGUCAUUGUGGUGUCACUGGCCAGUUUAGCACAAGAGGUUAGCCUGGCUGGCUAAUGUCAAUUAUCAACAUAUUUCUAUGUACAGAAUGUCUAUACACAGAAACUGGUAAAAGGGCAAACUGUUGCCAGGACAUCCUUGCAUUAUAACCACUGCAUGCUUUAAGAAAACGCCAGGUAAAUUUUGUUUUAAAAGGUUAUAAAUUUGUUAAAGUAUAAUCACUGUUAUUUUGGGAUCAUCAAUGAGUGAUAUUUGUAUUGUGUGUUUCUUUACAUGCUCAUGUUUUUUUGUUUUUUUUCUGCAGUAUCUGGCUUUUCAGGAUUUUGUGCUUCUCUCUCAGUAUUCACCCUCUCGGAGGCAGGAGGUGUUCAGCCUCAGUCUGCCUGGUAUGCAUAUUUGUGAUACUACACCAAUCUGAACACUUAGAACAUCUAUUUAUGCUAUUGCUGUGAUUUAGUUGCUGAUAUAUGCUCUGUCUCCUCCUCAUAACAGGGGGUCAUCCUUACAACUGGACUGCAAUUUCAAAAGCAUGCUUGGAUUUGCUGAAUAACAUGACUGCAAGACUGGUUGCUCAUCAGGAAGCUGCUGCAAGUAAUGGACGUAUGAAGCUCUCGUCUUUCUCUGCAGAGACUCGGAAGUCAUCCAGCAGCUCGGGUAGUUACUCAUUUUUGCAUUACACUUUAUUGUAGGCCGCUCUUCUCUAUAACCUUUUAUAUUUAUGAUUUUAGUUUGAUCACACUACAUUAUUUGGUUUUAUUGUAUUCAGGUACAUCCUUUGAUGAACGUAGUGAUCAAACUCAGAGAAUUAUCUUACCACCCCGCACACUAAUAACGUCACUGCUGAAGACCACACCUUCUGUAAAGCCAGCAUUGGAUUCAGGUAGCCCUUUUGCACCAGCAGCAGUCAGCCGAGUUUCUCAGAUUGUGGAUCCCAAUUCGCCUUGGCAUAGCUCUGUCCAAAGCCCCCAUCUCAUAAGGAGAGGUGCAAAACUGUGGUCCUGCAGCACAGGUAAGCAUUAGUUGCUGUAAUAUAGUUGCUAAGGUCAAAGGAAUACAUAACCUAAGCAAAUGAACUAAUCACAUAUCCCUAUGUGCUCCUGUUUGUCCAGGAAGAGAAUUGUUUCCCUACCUUCCUCUCCACCUUUUAGAAUGAUUACUUUAAAAUAAAAACGUAUUCUAUGCAUUAUUAUGUGAUAUAUCACUCAGGUGUCAUCCAUCACAGCUAGACUUUGCUACUUUUGUGUAUAUAUUUGUAAACCUUAAAGGGACACUGUAGGCACCCAGAACACUUCAGCUCAUUGAAGGGGUCUGGGUGCAAUGUCCAUGUCCCUUAACCCUGCAAUAGUAAUUAUUUCAGUUUCUCAAACUGCAAAAAUUACCUUUCAGGGUUAACUCUUCCACUAGUGGCUGUCUGCAGGAUUUUACAGUGCCUGGCACUAUAGAAUCCCUUUAAGCUCCCCUCUAUCACAUGCCUACCACCCUAAGUGAUGCUGCAAUAAUUCAGCAGGACAUGACCGUUACAGGACAUGAUGCUAGGAUUCUAUCCUUGAACUCUUAAUUGCGAAGUAUUUUCUUACUGUUUCUUUUCAUUUACAACACUCAAGCUGUAUGAUGUUCCCACGGAUGUCCAAUAUCUAGCUUCCCCAUCAAACUGUCCUAGUAUUUGUGCAAUGAGCACAGACAGCUGGCUCAUAUGUAUGGAAGCACACUCAUUGUAGUUUAAUCUGUGGAGCCCCAGGUGCUGCAGAUAAUUAAAACAAGAGAAAUUAAAGUUUCUUCAUUUCAUUUUGAAACGAUAGGAUAGAUUGCAAACAUCAAGAGGUGUAGUGGUGAUAGGAUUUAAUAUUGCCAGUCUCCCCUGUAGCAGUGAGGAAAGAGUUAAGUUGUUUUUGAUUUUUAGAUGCCCAGGCUAAUGGCUAUGAAGUUUCUGCUUUCUCCCCGGUGACUCUAAAAUCCAUGCGUCCUAGUGAGCAGACGAACAUAUUCUACACGUGGCUCCAACAGAAACAGGAACAGGUGAGCUUUCCUCUGUUAUUGGAUCGUAUCGUAGUAUGAUGCCAUAAAUGUUUACAGUGAUUUGUUUGUCUUCAAUUAUAAAUUUUCCUUUUUUAGGGUUGGCCCAGACGGAAAACAUUUACACAGGUAGAACAAGGAUUAUUUUAUUGUCUGCGCCAACCCUAAAAAAAAAGGAAAUGUAUAAUUGAAGACAAAUAUAAAUCACUGUAAACAUUUAUGGCAUCAUACUACGAUACGAUUUCAUUGGUAUAAAGAAGGAACUAUUGUGCUAACGUCCUGUGAAAUGUCAAUGAAAAGGACAUUUCAAAUAAAUGGAUAACCACCAUGUGUCUGAGAGCCUGCCAUGUAAAACAUCUUUUUGGUUUACUUGCGUGAUAAAUGCAUGGUUACUGCAAUAAAAUGAAUACUAAGUUGCUAAGAUGUAAUACAGUUAUUGAAUGGCCCCGCUUCUCACAUCUGUCUUCAUAAUAUGCUCUACCAAAAGUUUCAAGUGACUUUCCCCAGUGGAAGACUUGUGGCUUGUUACCGUAUUGUGUUUGCCUGAUAGUCAUUAUGGAUCUCAAUGACAAAUGAGUUUGUACUGAAACUAUCUAUCUUUCCCCCAUAAGAUGUUUCUAGGUAGUUUUAAAAUAGUUUGUUGUAAACCACUGGUAUACCCUUUUUGAGUGGUACAGCUAAUUUUAGCUAAGAACGUGUUUUGCUUGUUCUACUAUUCCAUUGUGUAAUUACAAUACCAUAAAGGUUAAAAGCUUUAUCUGUGUUUACAGACCUCCUUGGAGAAAAUGUGUUCUCUCUGUCCUUGUUAAAUACCUGUAGCACAAGAGCCUAACUUUUAGUCCCAUGCAUUUUUUUCUGAAUUUAGGUGUUGGUUGUACUUCAUGGAGCCAAUGGUUAUCAGUUGGUUUAUUGACGUCCUAAUUCAGGGAAUAGGUUCUUCUGUGUCAUUUAGUAGCUUUAUUGUACUAACUCUUUUUUUACUUAUAUUUUGUUUUCUAGUUCAAAAACUUCUUGUCGAAGCGAGUUAUCAUCAUGUAUUUUUUCAGCAAGGUAUGUUUGGAAAAGCCUGACUUGCUAGUUAGCUAGGCAAAGAUGAAAGAUAAGAGAAACAAAUUCUAGUAAAUACAUAGUAAUAGUGCUCCAGCGGGCAUGUUUGGACCCCCUAUAUGCUGAAUAAUAGAAAACUGCAUAUGUACGUUAUCACAUUCUGACAACUCUAUUAAUUCAUCUUGUCUGCCCUUUCAGUUAUUUGCACAGUAAUGUGAUUUGGUCAUUUGGAUUUAAUGUUGGUCUGCAUUUCUAAUUAUUUAUUAUAUAAAUUAUUAUUAACCUUCUUUCUGUUUUCUAGCGCCCGGAAGCUUCAAGUCAGCAUGCAUUUGCCGAUGCUCAGAUUCAUAUUUGGGCCCUUGAAGGUCAGGGUCCUGUUUCUGGUUUUGUUUGUGAUUAUCCAUUUUGGAAAACCUGUGUAGCGCUGACCUUUCCAACUUGUCUAUGUUAGCUCAAAAUGUACCGUUUUCAGUACACAAUUAAGUAUUCUAGAAUUGCUGAAGACUUUAACACAAGCUGUAUAUUUGGCAUCCAGUAUAUAGUGAGUUUACAUCACGGUUUACAUCAUUUUGUAAACAUUUCCUCAGUAGAAUGUGAUUGUUUUUUUGUUUUGUUUUUUUGUUUUUUUAAUAAACAUUUGUCAACGUUUUGUUGUCCACUUGCUGCUUUAAUGAGAGUAAUAGUUAAACUGUAUCCAUUUGCGCUUGCUGGUGUUUGCUAGACCUCCUCUAGUCUUCACUUAUUGCUGGUACUCUUCUGUUACAGGAUUGUCACACCUGGUUGCCACCUCUUUCUCAGAAGACAGAAUGGGAGUGGUACAGACCUCUCUUUCUUCCAUAUUUGGAACCUUCCUGACCUUGCAAGAGGUGAGUGGCAAACUUUAAAUCCACUGUUUAAUUUCUCUGCCAUCAAAUGUCAAGAAUCACAUCAGUCCUAAAAGAAGAUUUAACUAUCAAACACUGUAAAUGAUAAAUACAGCCCUGGUUUUGCAUGUGGUAAAUUAGUCCAUCCUUUUGUAUGUACAUUUUAGACAUUUUUUUUUCUUUUUUUAAUAAAUAGGAGCUUUAAAUAUUAAGGGGGUAUUUCAGGCUAUAAUUAAGCAGCAUUUUAUUGUAUAGACAAUGCAUUAAAAAUCUGCAUAAAAUGCAUAACAUUAUGUUAGUACGUAGGUUCGAACUCUUUUCAAUGUAGUUCUAUUACGAUUUCAACAUUUAAUAAUGAAGGAUUGAGAUUUUAAGUACUACAGUGAUCAAUGUUUUCCCAUCUAUAUUGAAUUCCUGUCUCCACCACUGAAGUGAUUGAGAUACUAUCUUCUAAGCUGCUGGAGUGGAACGGCACACAAGGUGGAACCUUCUUAAACACAUUUUAUAGGUCAAGUCAAACAAUCUGAGAUGGAUUCCACUGCAUUUACUGGGCCGGAUUAUGUUUUAUUCUACAUGUACAAUAGUAGAAAAUCCACAUGUUCAACAGGGUAGUCACGUAAGCGUAACUUUAUUGGAAACUGGAACAAAAAAUACAUAGUUUCGGCACAAAGCCAUAAUCGUGUAUGAUAUAGGAUUAAGGAUUUGUAUCGAAAAAAUUUAUUUUGUUUGUUGCCAAUGAACUUACACUUAUGUGCUUGCCGUGUCGAACUUGUGGAUUUUCUACUAUUGCUACUUAUUUGACAACAGUCCUACACCACGGUUUACGAGGUUGAGCCUUGGAUCUCCACAUCUCCCGCCCAGAGUGCCACACAGGAUUACUAUUCUACAUAUAUAGUAGCAUUUCCUUAAUUAUCACUCUCUGCUCAUAACACAGACUUUGCAUAGACCUUCAGCUGUUUGGUGCAGACCCAUGGAUGUGUGUGCACAUUGUCCCUACUGCGCCAUUUAAAUCUUAGUCUUCUGCAACUGUUGGGAUUUUUUCCUUUGGCAACAGAUUUUUUUUUUUCUCUUCCUCCAAGGUUAGUUUUUUUUUUUUGUUUUUUUUUCGCAAGAUCAACUUCUGUAUUCUCAGGCCAAAGAUUAUCAGGCAUAACAUAAACUUAGACAAUACAUCAGGUUUGUUCAGGCAUUGGAAACAACAAUAUGGUAGAUCCAAAGUGAGUAAAAAUUAAAGCACAUUUCAACUUCAUAGAGUACAUGUGUAGUUAAAGACCUGGAACGAGCUAGGGGUCAGCUGUAUGUAAGGGUAUUGACCCUGUUCGCUAUGUUCCCGGGUUUCUCCAGGCUGGGUGGUAUCAGGCUAGUUGUUCCAGCAAGGUGGGAUUGAGAUAUAAAGUUAGGCUACUUGUGAGGGUUGCUGAAUCAUGUGGGAGGUCAGGAGGCCAAUAAAUGUAGUGUUGUCUGGCUAGGGUGUCAGUCGGGCUUGAGUGUGUGUACAAGCCCCUCUACGGGGGAGAAAUGUUUGGCGUCCAUGUUGGUCGCCCCUUGGAGGAAGGUGAGGCCGUCGCUGUCAUGCUUAGGGUAGCGUAUUAAAUGUCAUCCUGUCAGUUAAAUGCUUAGCAGUGUAGUGCCGCAACAAUUCCAACGUACAGUUAUGUCUACGGUCAUCGCCCUACAUGUGAACUAGAGUAAGGCUGUAAAUGCUUGGCUCCCUGUAGUCCGGGACCCUGGUGGGUUCUCUGCCCAUGCGGGCUCAAUUUGUGCUAGCCUCUUAAGCAUCUCCCCUAUGUCCCUACCAAGUGUUGUGGUAGCUGUUUUUUGUGUGCGUCGGCUCAUAUUUGGUGUACCGGAGGGGGUUUAGUCGUGUGUUGUUCGUGCCUCACCUGGUCCGCCGAGAAGGACCUCGAGGCUGAGUAGUGGUAAUGCACGGUAGGCCGCAGCCUUGCGCCUCUGUCUGGGCUGCUUCGGUUCUGGAAGAAAGGCAUCAAUUGAUUCCCUACACCCUCAGGAUGAAGAUUGAGCUGGGUGUGGAGUCGGAUUGGCUUUGGGUGAGGAGAUAUUUGGCUGGAUUGUGCAAGAGAGCUGCCUAAGAUGGCGUCCACUCAAGAUGGUAGGCCUUGUGUGUUUAAAAAAAAAAAAAUUAAUUUUUUCAUUUAGGACUUUAAUUUUAUUUUUUUUCAAUUUUUAUUUUCAUAUUUUAAACAUAUUUCAAAUAUAUGUACAUACUACAUAUACAAGUAACAUACAGUGGUUCCUUUAUGAUCUUAUCCAUAUAUAUUUAAAUUAUCGGUCUCAAGAAUGGUCAUAUUGUAACCUUACAUUCAAAACCAUUGUCAACCAUCCAAGACGUAGAAAGAUUAAUAUUCUAAUUUCUUUUAACGAUCCUCCACUAUUUUCCAUAAAUAAUUUUGUCUUUACAUUUAGGUGAACGGUGCAGUAAUGCUCUAUAUUUGUUUUGCAGGCAGUAGAGAAACAUUUUAAACUCCCACAUGCUUCCAGCAAACCUGCCAGAACACCAGAAAGCUUUGUGGAUUCUUCCUACAAGACACAGAGAUUUGCACUUCGAGCGGCUUUGAAAACCGCAAUUUAUAGAAUAACCACAACAUUUGGUGAACACUUACAGUAAGUAUACUUACACACUUUCCAUAUCAAGCACAAAACCAUUACGGAAUUAAUUCUCCCUCCGCUCCAAUUACAAAAACUGGGCACUUUCAACAAAAAUAAGGUUUUAAAACCUGUAUGAAAUGCAGUCUGUUCGUACUGCCGUAAAAAAAUCUUUGAGAUUGCUUUUUUUUUUUUUUUUUUGCAUCCUGGUUACUGGAGAUUGAUUUAAAGGAAGAAUGUAAGGGAGCUGGGCCUGAUUGCCAACAGGCAACAUGCUAGCUGCAAUAGCUCCUGCACGGUACUCUCAAAAGGCAGACGUGUGAAACAGGCAAACAUUCCAUAGUUGCUCUUUUUCUGUCCUUUUCUAAUUCCUCUCCUGACAAUCCUUCUGCUGUUUACAUCCGCAUUCAUGUUUUGUUUCCUUUUGAUUAUGACUCUAUCAAAUUUAGUGAAUUGAUGUGAAAUUAAAAUUCACUUAUUUUUAUCACUCCACCUCUCUAUUGUUUUAUAAACUUUUUUUGAUAUUUUGUAGGGAACCUGACAGGUGAGAGGGUUGUGAUUCUGGAUUUUUAAUUUGCAUAUUUCCAUCAACAUCAGUCUUGUUAUAGUAUGUGUAUCAUUCUGGAUAGGAGUAAAAUCGUUUCAUUGUAAUCAGAUAAAUAAAAGUCUAGCUAUUGCUAGAUUCAGUUCCAAAGUGGAGCUUUAUCUCCUUUGACGUUCUCUGUGUACUUUGUUAGGAUUCUCCUGUCAGCUGAGCACCUAUUUGGAAAACAUUUUUGUAACAUUAACUUGCCAGUGGACAGCUAUUGCUAAAUACUGAAGAAUAAAUCUGCCCUGUCCUGUCCAUCACUGACAAUCCUAACUAUUUCAGGCAGUUAUGUUCUUGCCCUUGCUGGCUUUCUCCAUUCCCAUGGUGCUUUCCUUUUUCCAUGUUACAGGCCAUCUUCGCUCUAUAUUGCUCUUUGCCCCUUCCUUAGCCUCCCCUCUAUGACCUACAUCCUGGUGUCUUGCGUUGUGAGUCAGCUACACAAUACCUUUUAACCAAGCUUAGAUCAGCACAGCUGAUUUGUAGGUUCCGCCAUUGGGCAACACACCUCAUUACACUCAUCAUUGCAGUGCUAGAUGAAUUGCGUCUCCAUGUACUUGCACUUCUUAACCCCAGGACAGUCUCUGAUCUUGAACCAUAAAUCUGCUGCUGGUUUUGCUUAAAUCUGGCUGCUACGGAUAAACUUGAAAUAACUUUCUAGGCUGGUUCUCCAUGGCCGUUUUCAUUUAGUGAUGGUGAGCAAAAGGCUGAAGCAUGUUUUGGGGAUUUGUCUUGCUUUUUUUUUGUUGUUGUUGUAGUUUUUAUGUAUGUUGCUGCUAAAAAUUUUGUUACAUUGGCAUAAUUCCAGUUUACCUUUUCUUUUCCUUUUAACCCCAGUGCCGUUCCAGUGUCUGUGGAGCACAGAAAAAGGCUGCAGCAGUUCCUCGAUUUCAAAGAAUAAAGUGCUAACCAGAAUUUAAAUGCUUUCUUCAGUGCUUGAGUGAUCAUUUUUUGAUGUAGGAAAAAGUAACUUUGAGACAAUGAGUACAAACCCACUGCCGACAGCAAAAAAAAAAAAAAAAUGGACACACACUCUCUAUGGAAUAAUUUUUGUCUUUCGGUUAACUGUAAUUUUAUUUUACUUUUCCUUUCCUUUGAGCUGCUCCUGCGUGUAAAUCUCUAAUUUUUUUUUCCUUUCUUCUUAUUGAGAGAACAAUGACUAUUUUUAUACUUGUACUUUUCAUAUUGUGUGUUUUUUGUAUGUGACUUUUACUAAAGUGCAAUCAAGUUCAACAUUAAAGCAAUAUAUUUAGCAAGCUGGACAAGCGCUAAUUAAUGAAACAAUAGAUUAUCUUCGGCAGUAAUCACUGGAAAAAAGGAGGAAAUCCCUCAAUAUCCCUACAGAUAUGCACAAAAAAGGAAUACGACAGGAUGUGCCUAAUAUCUGAUGUAUAAUUUGUUAAAGUAGAAAAUUAUGUAUAGAAGCUCCAAUGCAUGUGAGUGGGCAUUCACAACAUAUCUGUUGGUGACCUCUAAAUAGUGCAAUAUACUGCACCAUUGGUUCUUCUCUCUGUGUCUCUUUACAUGUACCCUGGUAAUAUUCAAGUACCAUAAGAGGCAGGACCUCCCAGUGGAAAAUGAAAAAAAUCUGGGUUUUGUCCUCUGGACUUUUUUUUUUAAAUUUUAAAUUUUUCACUUUAACACAUUAUACAUCUGACAUUAGUCGCAUUCUUUUAUUUCUAACCAAACUCUGGAGUACAUACUUGGUAUAAUAUAAACUGCAUAUUUCUGCAAUUUUGUGCACAUAUUUGAAUUUAAUACCUAUCUAUUGCAUUAAAAUAUUUUCAAACAUAGUUACAUUUCAUGUCCCUUUUGUGAGCUCACACCAAAUCACAAAAU